AUUGAGAGACAGAGAAAGAGAGAAAACUUACGCAUAAAGCAAAGCAAAACAAUAUUUAAAAAUAGACAAAUUUUACGUUGAAAUCAAAAUGAAAAGUGCAUCGAGAUGGAAAUGUAAAUGAAAAGCAAAAACGAUCGGCAACUAAAAUAAAAUGUGGAAACAAUCAAUAGAGUUGAACCCUUAAAAAACAAGACAAUAUCCAAAAAUAUAAAUAUAAAUAACAAUUGCCCCGAAAACGCCAACAACUUGGCAACAAGUGAAACCAGCAACAACAACAACAACAGAGACUUUCCAGCAGCAAACUGCGUUGGUCGAAACAAUCAUCGGGCCAAAAAUAACAACAGCAGCCGCAGCAGCAACAGCAGAAAUAUCGUCGACGUCAGUUCCAGCAACAGGCAACAUUUGUUGCAGCAACAUUUGAUGGUCGCACUUGCAACUCGAUGUUGUUGCUUCUUUUAGCGUUCAUCAUGAGAUUCGUAGACAUUUCCAAAGUGCAACGACGGCAACGUUGCCCGGCCUGCGCCACAGCUGGCGUUGAUUGCUGCCCCCACAUCGAUGACAACGGCAACACAAUGCCUUGCUGGCAACAUGUUGCUGUCACCAGCAACAGCAGCAGCACCAGCAGCGGCUGUGACAGCAGCAGUUCUUCCAAGGAGAACUAUUAUGCACCCCAACAACAACAACAGCAGCAACAACAAAAACAGCAGCGACAACAGCACAAUAGCAACAUGGGCCUAACACCGCAGCAAUUGCAGCAGAUACGUUACUAUCAACACAUGCAGCAGCAUCAAUUGCAGUUGCUGCAACAACAGUUGCUGCAGCGACGACGCCUACAACAGCAAUUACGCGAACAGGGCGUCGUGUUGCCCAAAACAACAGCAGCAGCAACAACAACAACAACUGCAGGCUUGACUUGCAAUCAACAGUAUUUAAUGCAACAACGCCUGCAGCAACAACAACAGCAGCUACAAUAUGUCAACAACAAUAAUGACAAUGAUUAUUUGAACAACAACAAUAACAAUCGCAACAAAAACAACAUUAAUUACAACAGAAACAAUUACAAUAACAACAACCACAACAACAGCAACACUCAAGGAUUAAAACUUCGACGUGGCAUGACAGAAUUCUCAACAAAUAUCGAUAACCACAACAUCAGCAACAUCAACAGUAGCAGCCACAUCAACAACCAUAACGAACAUCACUACAAUACAUCGCUAUCUAAACCGCUAUCUAAACAAAACUCACCCGCAACUCAUACGCCAUAUAAGAAUAAAAAUCACACCCCAUCACAGCAUCCCCAUCUGCUUUUAAACUUAACCCAACAGCAACAGCAACAACUGUUGCCAGUCGGUGGUGUUAAGCAAUACAACGGCAACACGGCUGCAUACAACACAAUCUUGGCCAGCGUCAGCGGCCCCGGGUCGGCACCACAGUCCCCGCUGCACUAUCGAAAGCCCCUCAAUAGCCCCAACAAUUCGCUGUUUGCUGCACAUGCAACAACGGCUGGCAAACGCUAUCAGCAACAGCAGCUGAACGAUCGCCUGUUGCAGCAGCAACACUUGCAAUAUUGCCAGCAGCAGCAGCUGCAACAACUGCAACAGGAGCUCAAGGAUGAUGGUGAGCGGGAUGCCAGUUUAGCCUCCGAAGCCGAGGAACUGAGCGAAGAGAGCCUCAAACAGAAUGUGGCCAUUGUGCUGAGCAAUUUGGAUCGCUAUAACAGCGCCCUGCGUAGCAUUAUAUUAAACGAGCAGGUGAGCAACAUCAGCAGCGUGAUCACACACAGCAAUAGCAACAGUUUGUUCCUUGACGACGAUUGCGAUUACGACGAGCUGGACAACAAUAACUUUGUGUGGAACGCCGGCAAUCAGCAACAUCAACAACAGCAACAGCAAUUUGGGCAGCAGCAACAACAGGGGCAAAAAAUGGCGGCAACAAAUGUGGCAACACCCGAAUCCGAUUACAACAGCAAUGCAACAACGCCUGGUGGCCGCAGCAAUGAGCCUGUCCAGCAGCAGCAGCAUGGGGUAGGUGGUAUGAUGCUUUGUGGUGUCAAUGGUGGUGGUGGUGGUAUACUUGGUAGCGUCUCAGCUGUUGGUGGUGGUGGUAAUGUUGGUGGCAACAAUAUUAAUUGUUCGCUGGCCUCGUCGCAAGAUUUUACUCACGACAAUUCCGAUUAUCAGUGGUUCCUGGACUACGGUUACCGGGAUUGUUGCGGCGGUCUACAGCGCAGCGUACUCAGCUCCCUUUACUACGAUGAUUUGGCCAUGAAUUUGGAUGCCAAUCUCGCCGAGGCGGACAUGGAGAGUUUCCGGACUGAGGACAUACAUUCGCUGCUUUCACAAUUGCCCGCUUAUUGCAAGAGUCUGGGCGGUGUUAACAGUCGUCUGCAACAAUCAUUGAUAUUCCAACAACAGCAGCAGCAACAACAACAGCAGCAGCAGCAACAACAGCAGCAACAGAGCAACAUGAUGUGCAACAUGCAGCAGAUGUCGCACAACAUGUCGCAAACCUCAACAACAUCAACAAAUGAGCUCAUCGACAACUCCUUCUGCAAAUCGGAGUUGCUCUUCUCACCGGUCAAGGAGUCGCACAUCUCAGUGGACUCUCUAGAUAUGGAUGCGUAUCCCGACGAGGGCGACAUUAUACUCACCUGCAACAAGGACAACUAUACCAUCGCAUUCGAGGGCAGCGUUCUCUACUCCGACGACAGUUUCUACGCGGAACCAUGCGACAUUGCAGCGAGAAACAAACAGAACUGCAUCAAUCUGCACAGCAAUCUGGAUGACAUUGUGAAGCGUAACAAGGCCCUGGAGGUAUCCAUGUCACGAUCGGCACAAUCCUUUCAGCUGCUCUGCCAGUCGCCCAAUCGGGCCCCAAAUAAAGCUCAGCUGCAACGACGCUCGUUUCUCCUUGUCUCGCCCGCUCGCAGGUAUCCGUCGGGCAACAACAACAACGAUGGCACAGCGACGGAAACAAUCACACUCACACGCCACAUGCCGCAAUGCAGCGUAAGGAAGAGCAAUAGCCUGCCGAAUCUGCAGCGUGCGAUUGCGUUGAGCGAUCGUCUGCAGCGAGAGCGCGAGCAGCAGCAACAACAGCUACAGAGUGGGAGUGGCGAACAGGACGAGGAUCAGUCGGGACCACUGAAUGUGUCGCAGGCCAUAAGCACAUCGACCAUGGAGUCGUGCACGUCGCGUUCCCGUAACCUAUUGCCCAUGUGCCAGAUGCCCAUUUCGAUCAGUGUGUCCAUAUCAGAGCGCUUGCAACAAGAGCAGCAGCAGCAGUCAACAGAUCAGUCGGAGCAGCACAAAGAGCUGGUGAAUGCAGCGACGCCAACGCCACAACAGUCGCAGCAUCAGCAACACCAACAUCAUCAUCAUCAUUCGCAUCGGCACAAGCAUCGCUGCAGCUGCGCUUUGUCCUCGUCGGCUGCAUCGCAAGCACACAUCUCCGGCUCGGCGUCGUCGGGCAACUCCAAUCCGGCCGCCUUCAAUCUAGUCAAGCUAUUCAUUAAGCAGAAGAGCAGCAGCAGCAGCACCGGCGCCCCAGACGAGGCACAAGCCUGUGCUCUGACCAGCAUGGACGUCUCCUCCGGUUGUUGGCCCUCCAGCGAUGCCGCCGGCUCCAGCUGCAGCAGCAGCUCCCUGGAGAAGCGUUUGCGCAAGAAGAGCAUGAAUGACUCGGGCAAGGGUUCGGCGGUGAGUCGGCACGAGGACGAUGAGCACUACGAUGAGGCGGAGGCAGCGUCUACGCCGAAGCGUCAGUUGCGCACACGUUGCGAUGCAGUGUUCUACGAUGAUGGCGCCAGUUCUAGUUCGACGGGAUCAUUGACGGCCACCAAUUCGCCGGCCCAUCGGAGACGCAGCGUGCCACUGCGGAAUCCCCAACUGUAUCAGCUGGCGGCCAACACACAGACGCAGACGUCAACGCAAUGCAGCCAACAUUCGUCGGAGGCCAGCAAUUCGGAGCAGCUGACUCAGGUGCCACUCGGCGCCAAGUCACGACGUCCACUGUCGUGCGCCUCCAGCUCGGAGAUGAUAACCCGCUCGAUGCAGACAUCGUGCGGCUCGUUGAGCACCACACGCAGCAGUCUGAGUGAGCGAUACAAGUGUGUGCCGCCCUCGUUUCUGGCAAAGCUGCACAACCUGGGCGAGCAGCGUGAGGCACCCAUCUAUGUCAUCUAUCCGAACUAUGCGCUGCCCGAUCUCGGCUUUGUGAAGACCAACACCAGCACCGAGGUUAUCUUCUCGCCGUUCAACUAUAAGAUGACACUGGAGAAUGCUGGCGGCAUUUCCAGCUCGAGUGGUUCGCUGAAGAAGCAACGCAGCAGCCAGAGCAUCAAUGAGCAGGAAAUGUUCAAGACAUUAGACUACAAGCACAUUGCGGACUGGCAUUCUCUGGCUACGCUGCUGCCCGUGGAGUAUCGCCGGCGAUUGCAACACAUUCCUGAGGUGCGACAGAUAUCCGGGCAACUGGAUGCGGAGCUGUCGCAGCGACCACUCUUCUGUAUGUCGCCGCCCAUUCGCCGCAAUCGGUCGAAUGUAUGCGAUUGUGCCAAGAACUUGCAGCAGCAGCAGACCCAACAGACCAUGGAUGAGGCAUCCAGUUCGGGUUCUAGUCAACCCCCCAGCUCCGGCUAUCGUGGCUCGUCCACGCUGCUCACCGACUCCGAAAUGGAUGCCGAUCCGCUCAAGCAAAUGUACGUGUAUCAGUAUGAGCAACAGCGCAUGGAUUCGGGUGCAGAGAUGAGCCCGGCCAGCCGACAGUCGAGUCAGCCGCACACUCCAUCGCAUCCCAUGCCGCGCAGCAUUCUACGCAAAGCGAACUCGACGCAGGCGCGAUCCAAGCGUAACUCCAUGAUUGAGGCCAAGCAAACGCAGCAGCUGACCAAGCUGGAGAAGCGUCGCAGUCUACAGGAGCCGCCCUACAACUAUGCGCUCGGCUCCACGGACGAGCUGGCCGAGGUCUUUGAAGAGGAGGAGCAUGCGGUGCAGACACAGCCGCCAACGAAGCAGCGAUUGUCGCGCAAGGAUCUCGAUGCGCGUGCCAGGGCUGAGAAUUUCCUCGCUUCAUUGCCGCGUUCCGAGCUCAAGUAUUACGCGGAGAUUGCGUCGAUUCUAGAGUCUUCCGGUGAGCAGGUGCAAUACGAUGCGGCGGCACUCAAGAAGGAGGUCAGUCGUGUACUUAGCCAGCAGAAGAAGGUGUCAUUUAACGACGUUGCAGCCGCAACCGAGUCGGAGCUGCAACAGCAGCAGCACGCCAAACGCUUCUCAACGCCGCCCAAUUCGCCGAACAUUUCCAUUGCGGCGCUGCAGCGACGCGAGACAUUGGAUGUGCAGGAGCAGCGCAAGAUUGAGACGAAUCGCUUCAAGCGGCUGCAGAUCCAAUGGGAGCUGAUGAGCAAGGAUUCCAGCAUGCUCAAAGAGUUGGCCAGUGAGCAUGCAACCAAAAGUGGUGGCUCCACGCCCACGUCAACCAACUCGACGGUUUCCAAUUCAGCACAAAAGUCGCGCAUACCACGCCCAGUUAGCUAUCCAGCGGGAAGAAGUCCUCGGUCCAGUGUCACCAAUAUGAAUCCCUCUCCUGCUCGUGUCGCAGUCACGGCCGCGGCCAAAGCCAACGUCACACCGACACGUGCACCAAAGACUGUCACAACGAAAUCUAAAAAUUCGCCCGCUAAUCUUUCCUCCUCCCCACAAAUCUGCAGAGUCAGCAGCGCACAGGAUGCAGCUAGCAGUGGCAAGUGCAGCACUCGAUCGCCCAGUCGCAUUGUGCAACCGAAACGUUAUAGUCUCGCCGGCCCGCCAUCAGCAAACCCAACAGCAACCACUCCCACAUCUGCUGGUCGUGCACGCACACCAAUAAGUCGAGCUGGAUCCGCGGCGACCGCACCGAAUACACCCAAAAGACAGAGUGUCGCCCAGUCAUCCAGACCGACUUCAAGAGUGCGUUAGGAUCAACACAGGCGUUGCAACAAUUGGCAUUAGUCAGGGAUCAAUAUCGUUCUAUCGAGAUCCGCAAUCCACAUCUACAUCCAAAUUCCCAAAACAAAAAAAGAAAACUCAAAACAUAUUAACAAAGAACAAUGAGACAUUGUAUAAAAACUAGUUAUAAGGCUUUGUGCGGCUCUUCUGCUUAGUUGGCCUGACCUUGGCAGCCUAAAAAGUGAUAACAACAAACAUAGAGAAAGAUCUGAGAGAUAUAGACAGAGGGAGAAGAGCGAAGGAGCAGAAGAAUAACGGCCAGUGGUCAGUCGCAAGUGCUAGUAUUUUUUGAUUGAUUUAAGUUGCAAAAUGCGAACUGCAAUAGCGGAAGGUAGCUAAAUUUCUUUUUUAUAAUUACUAUACAAACAAAACCGCAAUUAAAAAAACAUAUUUUGAUGUAUAUAUAUACAGACAGAGACUCACUCACACAAACACAAAGAAACACGAGCGCAUACUUAAACGUUAUUUCCAUUAGCUAAUCAAAGAUACAAUAACAGACAACAAUACAUAAAUAUAUAUUAUAUAUGAGACAAAAAUUUAUAUAAUAUGCGUAUACAUGAAAUACAUAGUGUGAGUAAAUACGAAUCAGGACAACAACAAAAGUGAAAAUGAUAUGGAUAAACAAAAUAAUUAUUUACCAGGCGAGAAAUAUGAAGAGCUCAAACAAUGAUUAGAAAAUGGUUUAAGCCCCGCGACAUUAUGAUUUGCAUUAAUUGAUUUCCAAAAGACUUUCAAACUGCGAAUAGCUGCGAUUUUGUUAAUGACUUUAUUGUUUGACACAACUGCAAAAUAUGAUUCUUUUUUAUGAUUUGGCGUUUUUAUUUGCGAGACGUGGUUAUAUUACCUGCUUUUGCUGCAUAGUCUUAAGUUAAAAGUGAUUUCAAAUUGUACUAUAUACUUUAAUCUAUUACUAUCUAUGAUUUGUACUUUAAUCCUAUCCAUCUACUAUCUAUCUAUCUAACAAACUAUCGUGUCUAGAACGGAAACAACUCUUGCUAUUAAUUACUGGAAGACAUAAUUUAUACUUUAAGCUUAAAUUUAACCACUUUUGUAUCCUUAAUUGUAUAGACAUUUUUAUUGUAUAUCUUCUAUAUAUACAAACCAACACACACAUAUUGUAUUGUAUUUGCGGGUGAGAUGUAUCACGAUAAGGAUAUGCGGGAAAAAUAAUUAUAUAUAUACAUAAAAAUAUAUAUAUUAAAUCUAAACAAAAAAUCAACAAAAUCAGACAACAAAAAAUGUAUAAAACACACAAAAAAAAUCAAUAAAAAUAUUAAUAAAGAAAAAGUAUUAUCAAAA